AUUAACUGUAGAUAAAGUAUCGAAUAUUGCGAAAUUACAUACUUAUUAUAUGACUAAUGCUCAAAAUGAACUAAAUUAUAUCGCUAAUAGUGUUUCAGAAUUAGAAUUUGAGCAAAUAAUGGAAAAUUAUUCAAAUUCAAUUGAAUACGAUGAUGACAUGUUUAUUAACGAAGAACUUGAUAUGGAUUAUAUUUCUGAUGAAGAUGACUUGGAUAAACUUAGACAAUAUGAUUGUGAAAAUUUAGAAGUUAAAGAAAUGAUAGAUUUUAAUAUCUUUUUAAAAGAACAAACGCAAACAAAUGAAGCACAUCAUAAUAUAGAUGUAGAGGAUGAAACUGAUUAUAAUAUUGAUGAAGUUGUUAGUGCAGCUAUGAGUAAUAGAAAGUAA